AUGACGGGCAUCGUGAACUACAUACCGAGCAUCCUAUUAUCUGCGGUACUUCCCUCAGCGGUGUGCCAGGCCUACACAGGCGGGAAACAUAAGAACCCACCUCCCAGCGAUAACAAGUGUGAGCUUAUUUCCACGUUCUCGCUCCUCACACAGGCAUCUCUCGGUUUGCUAUGCUUGUCGUGCUUAAUUGUCAAGAGGUUCUAUGAGUACCCUCUGCGAAGAUCGUGGCCCGUGUGGAGCUUCGAUGUGCUGAAGCAACUUAUCGGUGCUAUGGGGUUGCACGUGUGCAACGUCGUGCUUUCUAUAAUGAAAGGAGCACCAGACUCUGGAAUAUUCGCCGGCGACGAUACCCCUGAUGACAGUGGUGAACAGGACCCCUGUGACUGGUACUUCUUGAACAUAGUGUUUGACUGUACCAUUGGAGUGUUCAUAUUGUACUUGGUAUUUGAGGGCGUCAACAAGAUAUUGCAAGAGAAGUUUCAUUUUAACAAUCUAGAGACUGGUCAGUACGGCCCUGACCCCAACAAGCCUUCCUUCCGAGCAUUUCUCAAGCAAUUGUCCGUGUACUUCGGGUCGCUCAUGCUCACCAAGGUGGUGCUCUACUACAUUAUGGAGUACUUUUCCACACCCUUACUCUGGUUCACUAGCCAUGUGCUACUUGUGUGGCUCAACGAGUAUCCCGACGAGUUUGAAAUCUUCAUAAUCAUGUUCGUGGUGCCUAUAUUCAUGAACUGCUUGCAGUUGAUAUUGGUGGACACAAUCAUCCAAAACCAACUCCUCUUGAAGCAGAACACUACUUACACGCACCUCCAUCCAAGGGACAGGGAGGCCGUCGAGCAGGAGGAAGCUGUGAUAGACCCAACCAAGUCGAGCACAUACGGAGCCUUGGAAGAUACUGCAUAG